UGUACCUUACAGAAGUCAGUCUAGGCUUUGCUUAAUUACUGAGGCAAGAUGAGGUACAGUGUGCUUGUGGUUAUACUCAACAUUGCAUAUUCUUAUGCAUUCCCAUUGUCCGCAGAGGACAGUGAAAAAGGUGAAGACAACUGGCAUUUUGCAGAGAAAUAUCUAAGGAAAUUCUAUGGCCUGGCCCCUGGAAUUGAGGGACUACAGAAGUCCUCUAGCUCCAUGUCACUGGUAAUUAAAGAGAUGCAGUCCUUCUUUGGUCUGGAAGUAACUGGGAAUUUGGACCCUGACACUCUAGAGAUGAUGCACAUGCCAAGAUGUGGCGUUCCUGAUAUUGGAGAAUAUAAUCUCUUCCCCAGGAAUCUCAAAUGGAAAACAACUAAUGUGACAUUCAGGAUUGUGAAUUACACCCCGGAUAUGAAAGCCUCCGAGGUUGACCGAGCGAUCCACAAUGCCCUCAAAGUCUGGAGUGACGUGACACCACUUGUCUUCAGAAAGCUACACAAAGGCACUGCUGACAUCAUGAUCGCCUUCGGGUCGAAAGAGCAUGGAGACUUCAAUCCAUUUGAUGGGCCCAAUGGUCUGCUGGCCCAUGCCUACCAGCCUGGCAAUGGGCUGGGGGGGGACACACACUUUGAUGAAGAUGAGACUUGGUCAACGGACUCCACUGGUUACAACCUUUUCAUUGUUGCUGCUCAUGAAUUUGGCCAUGCUUUGGGUCUCUCCCACUCUGAGGAUCCCGGAUCCCUGAUGUACCCAGUGUACUCAUUCAGUAAAGGAUUCCCCCUUUCAGAAGACGAUGUCCAUGGAAUUCAAUCACUUUAUGGUCCGAACCCAAAUCCACCUAAAGUUAAACCGCAUCCUGAAGCGCCAAAGAAGUGUGAUCCACUCCUGUCUUUUGAUGCCGUGACAAAACUCAGAGGAGAAACAAUUAUCUUCAAGGACAGGUUUUACUGGCGCCUGCACCCUCAGAUGGUGGAUGUGGAACAGUCACUGAUUAAAAUGACCUGGCCGGUCCUCCCAAACAAAGUGGACGCUGCAUACGAGUCUGCAGAAAAGGACCUUGUUUAUAUUUUCAAUGGAAUCAGGAUGUGGGCUCUGAAUGGAUAUAACCUGGUGGAAGGUUACCCCAAAUACAUUCACAAGCUGGGUCUUCCUAAAACUGUUCGGAGAGUCGAUGCGGCUGUGCAGAUCACAGGCACUGGAAAGACUCUGCUUUUUACAGACGAGGACUACUGGAGUUACGAUGAGUACAGUGGAACAAUGGACAAAGGCUACCCCAGAUCUAUUGAAGAUGAUUUUCCAGGUGUCGGAGAAGAAAUAGAAGCUGCCUUCUAUGAAUAUGGUCACCUCUACCUCUAUCGGGGACCCAUCCAGUUUCAAUACAGCUACACGUCCAAGCGAGUGGUUGGGAUUUUAAGAGCAAACUCUUUGCUUAACUGUUAAAUUAUUGGAAUUCAGAGAACAUACUUGUUUUCUUAACCCUUUUUAUAUUUUGCAUUAAGGUGUUUUUUUUUUAGCUAAAUUCUUAGUGUUUCAUAAUUGUCAUUAUAAUUUUUAUUUAUUUAUUGUUUUCAGUCUGGGAUUGUUCUUUUUCUCAUUAGUUGCUUUCCUUUGUUAAUAAAGACUGUAGAGAGAAUCUAAAACUCCUCCCACCCCCUACUUGGGGAUUACUGCCUUAUAAUA